AUGCCCAUCGCCCCUUCCGAUGAGUUCCGCCGCCCCUUCUGGGUCCUCCUCCACAUCCAUGCCCACGCCCGCCGUAGUCGCAAGAGCGCCGCCGCCGUGGGCCGCGGGAGGAACAAUGAGAUACUACUUGCUUCCCUCCUCCCCAAUCACCCGCCGACCCCCUCCAAUCUGUACCUGUACCGCAAAAAUGGGCCUUUCGGAGAUACGCCCUGCGUGCUCUCCAUGGUGGACAACCUCAUCCUCUUCCACGCAUACACCGGGCCCGAGCUCCGCUUCCCCCCGACACGGCUGUGCGACUUCUUCGUCUACCGGGCCGACCCCAACGAGCCGUCUCUCAAGCUACUGCCGCACCCUCCAUGUUCCGUCGACAGGGAUGAUCCGUUCGGCAUCUUCCCCCGAGGGGACAAGCACUACACCAUCGCAUCGCUGGUACCGAGCAUAUCCUCUGCCUACGAUCACGUACUCCACCUGUUCGACUCCGAGACCCAGAUUUGGAGCAGAAAAGAUCUGAUUGUUGAGUCGCCACAGGCGAGCUUUCCGGUUGAUACCCCCGUCAGCACCAAGCGGAUCUUAUCCCAACACCAUACAUCCACCGUGAUCACUCUUGCAGGCGCCAUUUCGUGGGUUGACCUCUGGCGCGGCAUAGUUUUCUGCGACAUGCUCUCGGAGAAUCAUGCACUCAGCGGUGUCCCACUGCCACUGCCACAGAUCACAGGACCUGCAAGGCAUUACCGUGGUAUCGCUUUGCUUGGUGGAUGCAUCAGGCUCGUUGAGGUGGAUUCUGAAAUCGUUGAUCUCCCGGACACUUGUGAUGAAGAAACCGGGUGGGCUAUUGGCCGAACAGAGAACUGGACGAUUACCACUUGGAUCAACAAGAGUGACAAGGACGAGCGUAAUUCUUAUGCUGCUUGGAACAAGGUGACCACGCUUUGAGCUUCCGACAUCAUCCUCGGUGACCACUCCCUGAAGCUGCCGAUAGGGUUGCAGAACCUUUUUGUUUCUGACCCAGCUAUUAGCAUGGAUGGUGGUGAUGGUGGUAUUGUUUACCUGACGGCCAGGCAGAAAUAUAUGCAUCCCAAGUCGUGGGUUCUUGCUAUUGAUACGAGGAAUUACAAGGUGCAAGAUAUAGCUUACUCUGGCCAUCUUCUUGUCGGAAUGCCGCGCAUAGAUGGAAACUACUGCACUUGUAGUAUCUCCAAGUAGUGUACUCCAACAAUCCAGCAGUAUCAGGUUGGACUUAAGGUGCUGAGCAAUCAAGUUGGCUUGGAAAUAAAUGAAAGGCAGCAUUUCUGUAAGUUCAGGGAGGUUGAGAUUGAGCAAUGCAUGCCUCUAUCAAUUGCUAGAUUCUAAACAAUCUAAUGUUCUUCCGGUGUGGCUGGACAUCAUAUCUAUCCUAAGUAGAUCAUGCCCCAGGUCAUUUUCAUGCUUCCCUAGCGUAGCACCGGCACCUUGCUACUACACCAAAAGGAGUCAGUUCAGAGCUGAUUUCGACAAG